GUGCUCUCAGCCCUCUCCCGGCCGAGGGAGGGAAGCCGCUGGCCGGGCCUUGAGGCUGAGGGAACCGGAGCAGUCUUUUACCGCCCCCGGUGAGGUGCGGCUGCCUCAACGGCCGAGGGGCAGGGGGUGCCUCUCUUCCAGCUCUCGGCAGGAACAUGGCUAUAGCUGCCGUGACCAAGGUGGAAACCAGGCUGUGCGGCAACUGCAAAAAGGAUAUCCCUGCUGCUAAUUUCAUCAUUCAUGAAAUCCACUGCAGCAGAAACAUUGAAGUAUGCAGCUACUGCAGCGAAUCCAUCCCACAGUCUGAGAUGAAGAACCAUAUUGAGUCUGAACACGUGCAGGUUACCUGCAAGUGUAGGAUGAAGAUGGAAAAUGGUCUUCUGAAGGAUCAUGAGGCAUCGUCGUGCCCCCUGCGUCCUGCCCUCUGCCAGUUCUGUGACAUUCCCCUUACCUUCAACAAGCUCCAGGAUCAUGAAGUUUACUGUGGGGCCCGGACUGAGACCUGUGGUGGCUGUGGUCAUAAUGUCAUGGUGAAAGAUCUGAAAGAGCAUCCUCGAGUCUGUGGGCAUGAGGUGAAACAAGGAAGAGGAAGGAAAACAGUGCCUCGCUUUGGGGGUGAGGAUGGAGAUGUGCAAACCCGGUUAAGAUCAGAGGAUUAUCUGGACCAGUUGGAGAGAAAUCAAACCACUCAUUCUUCACUUUAUGACGAGUGGAACGCAGAUUUAGACUACGUGUUGGCUCUUAGCCUCCAAAAUGAGCAUAAUCCUCCCAAUAACACUGCAGAUGAAAUUCCCAGUGGCUGCUGGGAAAGCUACUACACCAAAGAGUCUGUGCCAUCAUCUGCCUGUCUUCGUGAAAGAGACAAGGCAAAUAUCUUCUCUCGUGACUCUUUAGCAUCUUUUAGCACGACAAACUGCACAAAAAGAGAUGAGGUCAUCAUGCUGCCCUGUGAGUUCUGUGAGGAGCUCUACCCUGCAGAAGACCUGAUUCUUCACCAGACAGGUUGUAACCCUGCGAGUGCCUUUGCCUCCUUCAGUAAAAGAAGUUCUUCUCCAAAUCCACGAGACUACAAUGGGCUGCGUGCUCUGGAGUCCAAAUGCUGCAGGUCUCUCUUUUCAUCCCAGUCCAGAGCUGUCUGGGAAGCAGACAGUAUGAUUCCAUGUGAAUUUUGUGGCAUCCAGCUGGAAGAGGAGACACUGUUCCAUCAUCAGCACCACUGCGACCUGCGCCCAGCCAGCCCCACUGCCAGCUUCAGACCUCAGCAGCUGCGGCCUCCUCGCUCCAACCCAGGGAGAAGAGACUCUCCAGAGCUGGCUCGGAGACGAGUCAGGCACCAAGGAGAUGUUUCUCCGUGGUGCACUGAAGGCUUUGGGCAGCAGAGGCUCAGCUGUCCUGCAGGAGGGACCAAGUUGCUGAAUGGUACAUCCAAUGCCAGGACAGCCCCAGUGUUUGCUUCAGCCAGAGGCAGUGAUGCUCGUGACCCGAGAGGGAAACCCAGGAAGGCAUCUGGCAAUGAAGGGAGGCCAAAGAGCAGAAGUACAGGUGGUUCUGCAGCUGGGACAAUGCCACGUGAGAGACCUGCUCAGAACUCUCGUUCUGAAGCCUUCAGACCCAGCAUCUCAAGAACUUCUUCAUCCCAACCAAGCACCAGCAGUGGAGGAAGGAGCCUCCAGAUGGCAGAUGGUCCUGUUGGCUUGAGGCGCAGGAGCUCACAGGUGAAAGCCCAGAGCCCAGCAUCUGCCCACCCAGAGAAGUGAUCCAGCACUCCUGAAGGACACGAUCAGCUCUCCAUGCUACGACUCUGCACCAUCACCUUUGAUCCGAGGGCAGGCCCUUUCCUGCAGUGCUGUCACCCAGACCUUCUGUGGAGUUAGGUUUCUACAGGCAGUGAUCAUUUUCUAUCUUCCUCUGUUUUUAAUUGGCAAGGGUACCCUACAGCUUUGAUGUCUGUGACCUGUACCAGCAUCAGCCCAGGACACCAAACACCCCUCUGCCUGGGCACCUACCUGGGUUAUUUCUGUGUUGUCUUUGUGACACUCAGUGAUAGAGUUUGUGACCAAGUAUGCUCCAAGCAGGUGUCCUGCUGCUCCUGGGCGAGCUCCUUGUUCUCAAGGCACCACCAGAGAUGAGAAGCAGCAGCUGUCAGCCAGGAGGGAACCAGGAAGAGAUGGGUCCUCAGGAUGGGCUCCUUGGCUGGCACACCUUGGAGAACACCCAAGGAUGGUUGCUCUGGGCAUUCCCUUGGGUGUUACAGGACAGGGCCAGGAUGUGGAAAGGGGGACAGCAUCACUGACUGUUGCUGUCAGUGAUGAGCUCUGAGCCCAGGGCUGGCCUCUCAGCUGCUUUUUAAUGCUGUGUUUAGUCCCUGCUUUUUAAAGCCCUUGUAAUAAAGUUUAUCUCAUGGUGUCCCAGAA